CUACUACUAGCUAGCUAGAAGUUGAAAGUAGCUAGCACAAGACAGCAAGAUUAUUGAAAGGCCACGAAUAUGCUGUCCCCCCGUGUCAAUAUUGCUUUGUUGUCCGCUUUCCAAGUACUAUUUUCGUUUUCCUAUCUUCAUAAGGUUGCAGCUGAAGAAGGGAAUAGCCGAGGAUUUGGGGAUAAUAUACACUGGAGAAGCCUGGAUGAUGGGAAGAAAGAGGCAGAGGCCAGUGGAUUGCCGUUGAUGGUCAUUAUUCACAAAACUUGGUGUGGAGCCUGCAAAGCUCUGAAACCUAAGUUUGCAGAGUCUAAGGAAAUCUCUGAACUGGCUCACAAUUUUGUCAUGGUAAAUCUGGAGGAUGAGGAGGAGCCUAAGGAUGAGGCCUUCAGCCCUGAUGGUGGAUACAUUCCUAGAAUACUUUUCCUUGAUCCCAGUGGCAAAGUUCAUCCGGAGAUAACCAACACAAAUGGGAAUCCCAACUACAAGUAUUUCUACAGCAAUUCAGACCAAGUUGUAUCUGGUAUGAAGGAGGCCCAGGAGAAGCUGACAGGUGAUGCCUUCAGGAACACCCAUGUUGGAGAUGAACUGUGAGAGACAGGAGCAGGAUCUGAGGGCUUUCUCUCUGAAAGCCGCUACCCAAGGCAGCCGGUGGAUACUGCUAUUAGUCCGUAGUCUGUAAAAUCCACCCCAUGUAGUUUUACUUCUAUUUAAGUGCAAAUUUGACAUCUAUAGUAAUAUCAUACAUAUUUUUCCAUCUUAUUUUGAGGAUGAAUGCGAGUCUCAUAGCAGCCAAGUCUUCAAGCAACCGUCCAUUUGGCACUGGUGCUUAAGUAAUGUCUUUUUCAUACUGCAUUUCCUAAUAGCCAUUUCCUAAAUGUUACUGUUGUGGAAAAUGUCUCCUUAUUUUGAGAUCAAAAAUGCUGUGUUUAGUCAAACUACUGUACUUCAAUAAAUGCCAUAUAAAUACUCUGUAGAGGCUGAACAAUCACUCAAAAUAGCCCCUUAACUAUCAGGCAUCAAAGUAAACCUUAACUGUCAACAUUUCACAUGUGUAUCAAGGAUAUUUACAAUAAUGUGCUUCCAAGUCCUCUACAGUAUUACCAUAUUUUAAAGAAAAGCUUCAUUAUAUCUGAAGCCUUCUUUCCUUUAAAUUCUUUAGCUUUUGUGGGGUAGCUACAUGUAUUGAAACGAAUAUGUCAGUUGUUAAAUUCUGCCAAUUUUGGCAUAGUAUGUUAUAUAAUGUAACAUUAUUUUACAGUUAAAGUUUUUGAUGUUUGUGGAAAAUUAUUUCCAACUGGUUCAUCAUUUUACCGGCUUUGCUAAACUUGUUUUGAAGAGCAGAUUAACAAAAUGAAAGGUUCUGUUGUCAUGUUGUAUUUUGUAUAUACACACCAAAGUGUGCAAAUAAAGUUUGUUGUACUGAA